AACAAAAAGUGGAACAGAAAGCGAGGAACGCGAAGUACUCGUACCACCGAAGCAAUAAUUUAGGAAGAGAGCCCACGCAAAAGUGGCAACCUCGCGCCCAAGCAGGUUGCACCUCUCCGAGUAGUUCCCUCGCUCGGCGGCGGUACCGAUCCGUCCGGCGACGUUGCCAUGUUUUUUUCUUAGUACCAAAUUGAAUGGCACCGAAUCAGCUUUCAAGUAUUUCAGUCGUUCAGAUUCGCCGAUCGGGUGCCGGGUACGUGAAACCUUGCGACUGGUAUUGAUUUCGUGAUGUUUACUUUCCGAUAUGCAAGGGAGGUCUGACGCGCGUUAACCUUUUUAGCACUGCUGAUUUUGGUUUGUUUUUUUUUUAAUUGUAUUAUAGUGAUACUUUUAGGGGUGUGUGAUUAAAAAGGGUGAAUAAAUUAUUUAAGUGUACUUUGUGUAAGUGUACUUACAGUGAAUUCACUAUAAAAUAAAUACAAUUUUAUCGGUACCAAUUACGUUGGCUGUGGAAUGUGAAGAUCAGGACAGGAGAAAGUGAUGAAAGUUUUGACAUUGAAUGCGAUUUUUGUUUGUUUCAUGACACGGUGUAACAAAAUGCCGGCUGGAAGCUGGCCACGAAUUACGGCUGGAUAACUACAAACAUUAACUGAUAACCCCCCCGGAUUGCAGGUUAAAGCCUGCAGAUUAUGGAUGUGUCUUUCACGAACGUAUUGGAGGGGGCGCGUCAAUAUUUUCAGGGGCUGCCGUCGGCCAGCGCGGCGGCUGGCCCCUACUACCAACAGAAUGUUCAGCACGAACAGCCAGCAAACCAUCAUCAACAACCACAACAACAUAACCAACAACAGCACCAUGCUUAUUAUCAGCCACAGAACCACGAGCGGUACGGAAAUACUCCUGCGAGUGCGCCUGUUUCUACUGGAAAUUCCAGUCAGUGGAUCCAACAACAGAGUCCGUCGGAGACAAGACCACCUACAAGAGAAAACACACCAAUUCAACGAUCGGCAUCUCGAAACUCAUCAAAUUCAAGACCGCCGUCACACCCGUCCCAAUAUCAAGAUACAUCGCGACUGUAUCAAAACCCUUAUCCGCCACAAGAGCAGCAAAUGCCAACUCACACAUCUCAAGCUAAUUUUCAUUUUUCUAGGCCGCAGUCUAGAGACGUGCCCACAACCCUUCAGUACCAAAUGCCAGCAUAUCAUCAAUCCCCUUCAUCUCAACUAUCUCGGCCUGCUUCUAAGGAACAAAUAUCCCCUUCAAGGCAAACUUAUCAGUCACCUCAAUCCUCUGGUCAUUCACUGCCAGUUCAAAAUACUUACAGCUAUCAACCAACUAGAGCUUACUAUUCUACACCGCAGGGUCAGCCUACUGAGGCCAAGCCUGUAACUACGUCGGUUACGUCUCAAUCGUAUUACACCUCGCAAUCACACUGUAAUACCUACCAGCAGUCGGAAAACUCAUCCUUAAAUACUCAAAAUAAUGUGGGACAGUAUCAGCAAAACUAUCGCACACAUAACUUGCCUCCCAUCGCUGGCCUGUCAAACUACCGCCCCUCGAAGAAUACAAAAGAUAUUAGAGCAGCGACGAUACCCCGAAUGAAAACAUCAGCACCUAGCAAUACUUACCUUCCUAGUACUCAACAGCAGUCAGUACCCGUAUCAUCUUCAUCCGCCAGUGCAUAUCCUUACGCCUCUAAUCCUAGCUACACUAUGUAUAAUAAUACUUUAAAUCAAAACAACCCUCAGAGAAGCAGACCAGAAGUUUCAACAGUGAUAACUCAGACUUACACCAACGUUAUUGUUACAUCGCACUACAGUAACGUAGGUACCAAUCAAAAUCGCCCUUACCAGAGAGCCGAAGUACAAAACUUGCAAAAGACGCAACCUACAAAUCAAACCGUUAAUUAUCCAAAGCAUUAUGAGGGUGGUAGUAUUUACGAUCCUCAGGCCACAUCUGUAAUUAAACAGAGGAAAGAAACUCCCUUAGACUUAUCGGUUAAGACCGUGAGGACAUCAGCAGACUCUACAGAUCAAGAAGCAUCAAGGAAAUUUGCAACAAACAAACCACCAAGCGUGGUGUCUAACCACAGCUAUCCCACGCUUGAUAUCAAUUCUAUCCAACGGAGCUUCACACAACGAUCUCAGCUACCGGCGGCAACGGCACCAAAAGUCGAAUUCCAUCCCAAGUUUAAUCUAGCUUCGAAACAUUCCAGUUGGAUUCCAGUUUCCAAGAGCAUCGAUAAUUCGUUAGCUGCAAAAAACGUCGUUCAAGCCACCUCUAAUGCCGCCUUAAAAUACCAGGGAGGCUAUCAGUUCUACCCAACUACAGCACCCAAGAAAGAAACUGAUUUAAAUGGCGGCAGUAAUAGUUUGUCUUAUCAAAAUAGGGACUAUGCUCCAAAAAGACCAGCUCAAGUCGAGUCUCCCAUGAUCCCUUCCAAAAUACCUAGGGUGGACAAUUGGCGAGAGUCAAUCAAUCUUCAAAUUGAACAAAAGUUCACCUCUCACUACAAGCAGCAAGAGCAGCAAAAGCAACCUUUUGGACAGCAAAACACUACAUACAGCAACUCGCCUACGACCAUAAACGGUAAUUACUCACACUAUGACAAGCCGAGCAUUCCCUCCAUACCUCAACAGAAUCAGCAAUUUUAUGCACCACAUAAGCCAAAUCAAAAUUAUGUGCAUUCAGCAGCAAGCCAAGCAUACCCAGGAUACUUGAAUUCUCCAAAUAAGCAACAGAUGUACAUUAAUCCCGUUUCAAAACAUUACACCCAGUUAAGCAAGCCUAAUUCAGCAACAGGGGCAGACAAGAGGGUGUUAAGCUUAUUAAGAAACAGUAUCGAAAUCAAAGAGCAAAAAAAAAUCGAACUGCUAAAAUCUAACGAAGUAUCUACUAUUCAAAGAACUGACGUUCAGCAUCCGAGUACUGAUGUCACCGCUCCUUUACAACCCAAACCAGGAAUUGAUCGAAAUAAUGUAUCUCCAUUUACACCAAUAAGUGUACCUGAUCCAAAUAUUUGCAAAAUGCCCCCCAAGAUGUCAUUUUCUAUUGAUGCACAUCUUAGUCACCCCUUGCCUGUUCUAAACAAGGCACCAAGUGAUGAAAGAACUGUUAUAAUGAAUAAUCCUGGUGCUGACUAUGAUGGACUAGCAGCAUUUUUAGCUGCAAGAAUACGAACAAAAGGAGAGCUCAAAGAAGUGGUGCAUAGUCAGGCUGUCAAUAAUAAUGCAGACCGCGAUGCCAGACUUCAUGCCUUCUUAGAAGACACCAUAAAAUCGCCAAAUAUCCAGAAUAUGAACGUCACUAGCCUUAGUACAUCGACUACUCUACACGCUAGCCCUCCCAAGAUGUUUAAAGAUAAGCAAAACGUAUUUCCACCACGAAAAAAGCUUUUUAGUCGAAACGAAGAUGACUGUAAGCAAUCCCUUCCCGGAAGGGAAAAAUCGAAUAUGAGAAGCUCCUCAGAAACGUCUGUAUUCGAUUUUAAUGAUUCGGAUGACGAAAAUGAAAUGCCAGUAUUAGAAAGACAGUCCUUGGGCGAAAUGAGGAAAGAUAAAAGAAAUUCCCUGAGGCAGUCCUCGACAUCCUUGCAUAAUUUAGAUUUAGAUAUUAAAGCCGAAGGUACUGACGUUCCGCCAAGGCUCCCUACGCCCGAGGACGAUUUAUUCGGGUCUAUCUGUGAUAAAUUUAUGGAGCAAUUGAAGAACAAAUCGACAAAGCGGAUAAAGCGCAUAUCCCAACCAACAGAUAUCAAAUCGGACUCUACCGAGAAUGUUAAAAUUAAAAUCGAAAUUAUUGAUGACGAAUUUGAAGAAGCGGCCUGUGAUGUUAAAGUAGAUGAAAAACCGGUUGUAUUGGAUAUAACUGAAACACCUAAAAGUGAAAAGGAAAUAAGUGACAGUGAGAUGUCUGAUAGUGAAAUUAAAGUAGGCAGAGCUUUAGUUGCUAGGAACAGGGAUGCAGUUAGACGGAAGAUAGUGUUAUCCAGUGAGAGUGAUAAUGGUAUAGACAGUAUUACUGUAAAAACUGAACCAAUUGCAACUACUCUUGAAGCUCAACCUGACAAUAAAUCUAAAGAGGAUAGUGUACUAGUAGAGGUAAAGAGUGAGCCUUCAGAAGAAAAAUCCAACCAAAUAGAAGAAGUUAAUUUAGCAGUAAAACCUGAAGAACAAAAAGAGGAGGGCCAAAAACUGGAAGCCAAAAAGGAAGAAGAUAAACUAGAGAAACCACUUGAUGUCUUGGCAGUGGUAAGGCCAGCAAAAAAGCCGGCAUUUGGAGAUGGUUCCGAUUUUUAUCCAGGAUGGGAGGAAGGGCUUUAUAGAUACAAAAAAUCCUUACGGAUGCCUCCUAGUCUUAUACAGCUCACACAACCUCCUUACCGGCUGUCAACUUCGCUGCCUGAUCUAGACCCGUGUCCACAAUCACCUGCGUCUUCUAUUAUAACGGAUGCGGAUACAAAAGACUCCAUCUCUGAUAAUAAAAAGACCAUCAAGAGGUUAAAGUCGGAACUCCCCGACAGUGACAGCGAGAGCACUACAAGCAGCUUCAAUAUUUUUAGCAAAAAAAUAAACUAUGAUUCAGAAGAGUCUGCUUCUAUCAAGAGUUUGCCGAAUACCCGAAAAGAAAACAUGUCGAUACUGGAUAAGUUGCUAGAGAAGUGUGGUGGAAAGAAAAAGCGAAAAUAUAAACGGAAAGAAGAUCACUCCCCUAAAGUUAUACCAAAAGCAGAAAAUCCUGCGGCUCUUCUUCCUACUCCAACCCCCGGCUUGGCUCUGAGCAGUCAAUCACCUGAAAAAUCAAAAGGACUUACUACGCCUGUGAUCAGUGCUGCCUCGGCAGUUUUACCAUUUAGGAAAGACACUGUUAAUAACUUUAAGGAUGCUUUUAUUAAUAGUGGAAAUAAUAUAUUAGGUGUUCAUGACAAAUUUACAACGAUAGUUCUAUCUUCGCGGACUAGAAAAGAAACCAGGGCUCUUAAACAGAGAGCAACGAUUAAGGAAGUUUUUGGGGAGGAUCGACCUGCUUCGGCACCUCCGGACACAUGUGUCGAUCAAAAUAAGGCUGAGCGAGAGCAAGAAAAUGUUAGUCCGUUUUCGAGGAACCUAGAAGAAAUAUUAAUUAAUAAGGAAAAAGUAAACUUGAAAGAUAUUAAAAGCGGUGUAGUAGCUGUGGUUAAAAGUGAGAAACCAAUAAAAGAAAACACCUCAGCUGCUCCCUCUGUUAUACAGAUCAAGCAAGAAGUGGACGAUGAAGAUGAGGAAGAAAACCGAAAACUUAGCGAAUUAAUCGUGAAAAAGGACCCGGACGCUGGUUCGGAAACGUUAUCCAUGAUGUCUCUCGAUGAUGAAGAUUCAGUGCUUAGCGGGAAAAAGAAAAGUAAAUUCGGCAAGAUGCGCAGGAAGUUUAGUUCGGGCUUCGAUUAUAUUAGAAAGAAGAAGAAGGUUAAAAAAGAGGAACCCGAAGAAAAGAAGGAGAGAAAGAAGAAAAUUACCCCGACAAAAGCACCGGAGUCGAUUGACGAUAUACAGAAGGAAAUUAAAAGUUGGGUACUGAACAAAGGGGUUGGAGAAUCUCAUUUGCAUCGGGCAGCUAGACUUGGUUAUGCGGAUAUUACUGCAUAUUGCUUAGAAAAGUUGGCCAACCCACCUAGUCCCAAAGACAAUGCCGGAUAUACACCCCUCCAUGAGGCCUGUUCUAGAGGUCAUUUAGAAAUAGCAAGGCUGCUUCUGAAAUAUGGUGCCAAUGUUCACGAGUCUGCCAAAGGAGGAGUAAGGCCUCUACACGAAGCUAUUGAAAAUGGCUUUAUUGAAAUCGUAAGACUGUUACUUUCCUACGGGGCGGAUCCUCACUUAGCGACUUACGCUGGCGUGACCCCAUUAAGCUUAGCGACCGAGGAAAUCGCCAAAAACUUCCUUAAGGAUCAUUUGAGUGAUAAAGCUGGCGCGGGAGGCACCCCUUGGCCCUUCUACGGUCCUGCCUCCUGUUUUGACCCAGAAGAAUCCGGAUACGACGUCCUACAAGACGCCCCCGAAGAAGAAUCGGACAAAGAACUCGAGGACAUCGAAAUCGAGAUGUCCGACGCUCUGCUCCCGAACCUCUACACCAUCGUCGGCGAACCUCCCACGGAUCGAUGGGUUUUAUUGCAAGACUUAUCCCAUUUCUUAAAACUUAAGUCGCGCGACGCGUUAUUAAAACAAUUAAGUCCCACGUCGUCCUCCUCCUCCUCGUCCGGUGUUAAAACGAACUACAAAAACGUGAUAAAAGAACUGAAAAUGUCAGAGUUUCUGGAACAGGCACACUGUUGCCAGUUUUUGAAUAUGGGAGAAAAGAUUAACACUAGGGCGUCCAAGAUCGCUUUAGUCAAGUAUAGCGAUAGGGUUAGGGAGCUAUUAGGUAUCGAAAAUGCGGUGAUUACGGCUAGGUGACAUACAGCUACUUAAAUAAGUAAGUGUAAGACUUUUAACGAAUUUAGGUUUUAGGAAGAUUGUGCUGGCGUUGAUAUUGAUUUUUUUUAUAUUUCCUUCUAAAGAUGGUACAUAUGUUUUUUUAUAUAGUGAAUUUUUUAAACGAAUGAAAUAGUUAUUGUUGGAUUUAUUUAGGUUGUGACAAACUUAAUAGAGUUGAGGAUGGAACACUUUAAUAAAUAUAAACUUCAUAUUGAACAUCUGAUUUACAGGUUAACUCGGUAAACAAUAGAGAACUGAUAGGUAAUAUUUCAACAUUUUCAAUGAUUCGGCUAAUGACGCGCAUAUAAAUUCACCAAUUUCUUUUUUCCUGAUCAAGUCUGCAUAUGGAACAUAAAAAUUUUCAACUUCAAUAUCAGGCUCAUCAACUAUCAUAUAGUUUAUAUUCAGAAAUAUCUUCUUAUCUUCUUAUUUGAAGUUUAUAUUCAGAAAUAUUGUCUUAUUUAAUUGUUUCAUUUGCAUAUUUCCGAAAUUAUUGUCAACUUUAGUCAUACUGAUUUUAAAAGAAGAUUUCAGAUUUUGUUCUUAUGAUAACUCUGAAGCUUUUCUAUAGUAUAUUAAACUUACAUCCAACUUUGUAUACCACGUAAAAUAAUGCUUAGUGUAUUUUUUUCUUCUUUGUCGUUCAUUGCUAGAAAAGGCCUAAGUUGAUCUAAGAAAAAAAGCCCUGAAAUCCAAAUGUACUAUUAAGUACCUUUAAAAUAUAUUUGGUCUUAUAUCCGUACCAAUAUUCUUUUAUUAAAUUAGCAUCCAGAAAUUAAAAAAAAAACUUUUAGUCUUAGUGCGUUUGGAGUGUAACAGAAUGGAAUCCGUCCCAUUUUUUUAAAUUAUAUUAAUUUCUUCGCGUUGCCAUGAAAUUUUAUUGCUUUGUUGCACUAUGAAUUGCAUUCUUUCAAGAUAAAAUUUAAUUAUAUACAAGUCGCCAAAUAGAAAUAAUAUCUUCUACUUUACGCUCUCGGCUUGAGCUCGAAAUUAUAUGCAUUUAUUAUUUUCCUUCCUAGGUUAGUAAUUUAGUAUUUCUGGAUGGUAAUAUAUUUAUAUAAUUUUUUUGGAUUAUUUAGGUUAUCAAAAAAAACAGCUUCGAGAUUUAAUUAAAUAUUUCCUAUAGACCUUAUUUCGUUAUUAUUAAUUUUGAUUCUAUUUUAUUAAUUACAUCAUUGCCAUUUAAAAUAUUUAAUAACGUGAAUA